CCCAUUAAAUAGGGGAUAGUAUCACUCUUUUCGAAGCCUCUCCUCCUCCACACAUCUCUCUCUCGCUUUUGCAAUUUCUUUCAACGCUCAGCGAAAGUUGGAGAGACCCCUAAAAAUCUCUCUCGAUAGCCUCCUCCAGUCUCUCACCCACAGCCACUAAUCAGGAAAAGUCACAAUGGCUGAGCAGAUUCAACACCCUUCUGUUAUGCGGAAAGUAGCUGGCCAGUUCCUUCAUUCCAGUGUUUCUAAUGAUUUUGGUUGUGAUGGGGCUUUCCAGAGGCCUGCUCUGCACCAAAGGUGUGCUUAUGGCAACUACUCAAAUCCUGCUUUCCAGUACCCAAUGGGAUGGGCAUGUGUAGCAGCUACUGAAUUAUCUAUUGUUCCGUCUACUGCUUCAUCCGUUCUUGUUCAAGCCCCAUCGGAAAAAGGUUUAGCUAGCUUCGGUAUUGAUUUCCUUAUGGGAGGAGUCUCUGCAGCUGUAUCCAAAACUGCUGCUGCUCCCAUUGAGCGUGUUAAGCUUUUGAUUCAAAACCAGGACGAGAUGCUUAAAACUGGUAGGCUCUCUGAACCCUACAAGGGCAUUGGUGAUUGUUUUAAGCGAACAAUUAAGGAGGAAGGGUUUGGUUCAUUGUGGAGAGGGAACACUGCCAAUGUCAUCCGUUAUUUCCCUACUCAGGCCUUGAACUUCGCAUUCAAGGAUUACUUCAAGAGGCUCUUCAACUUUAAGAAAGACAGAGAUGGCUACUGGAAGUGGUUUGCUGGGAACUUGGCCUCAGGAGGUGCAGCCGGUGCUUCUUCCCUUCUCUUUGUCUAUUCCUUGGAUUAUGCUCGAACCCGUUUGGCCAAUGAUGCCAAGGCUGCAAAGAAGGGAGGCGAGAGGCAAUUCAAUGGGCUCAUUGAUGUCUACAAGAAGACAAUGGCUUCUGAUGGUAUUGCUGGGCUUUACCGUGGAUUUAACAUUUCUUGUGUUGGAAUUAUUGUCUAUCGCGGUCUUUAUUUUGGAAUGUACGACUCCUUGAAGCCCGUGCUUCUUACCGGAGACAUGCAGGAUAGUUUCUUUGCAAGCUUUGCCCUUGGUUGGCUCAUCACAAAUGGUGCUGGUCUUGCUUCCUACCCCAUUGACACUGUUCGUAGAAGAAUGAUGAUGACCUCUGGUGAAGCUGUCAAGUACAAAAGCUCACUUGAUGCCUUCUCUCAGAUUUUGAAGAAUGAGGGUGCCAAGUCUCUCUUCAAGGGUGCUGGAGCAAACAUUCUCCGAGCCAUUGCUGGUGCUGGUGUGCUUGCCGGUUAUGACAAGUUGCAGCUGAUUGUAUUCGGCAAGAAGUAUGGAUCUGGCGGUGCUUAAAUGGAAGCUAUAUCUUCAUUCUUGUCGUUUCAUUUAGGUUAGAUGGUGAUGAAAAUCUUGACUUCUGAGAAUUUAGUCGGCGAAUUUUUCCACAAAUAAUUCAGUUUUAGGGGGGGGGUUACUCCCUGAACCAAAAUUUACUUUUUGGAUGGAUUUUUUUAAAAAAAAUUUCAGAAGAAACCUCAUAAUAGUUGUGGCUAAUGCCUCAGCUGCUUCUUGGAAGUUCAGUUAUGUGAUUUGAGGAAUGCAUUCUAUUCUACAGGUCA